AUGUCGUCCCAUAUUCCAUCUUCCGUCUCCCCGCUUCGGCGGUUAUGGUACAAAUGGAAGAUGCUACGCUUACCCUGGAGGCGCAAGUUCCUUGUUGGCUUCGAUCUCUCUGGUAAUACCUACUGGGAGUUUCUCCUUCGGGGGCAGACACCCGGCCCGGGCAGUCGUUAUCGUCGCAUAGUACAGUAUCCACGGGGCACACACCACGGCGAUGUCAAGGUAUCGCCCGCCUGGCACCAGUGGCUACGACAUACGCGUCGCGAUCCGCCUUCCAUCGCGGAGCAGCUAGCCGACGUCGAGCGCCAGACUCGCAUCAGGCAGCUCGCGGCGUUGGCUGACGCCCGGUGGGAGGCAAAGCCCAAGCUGACGGACGCCCCCGCGACACCCUCAUCGCCCCUAGCGGCCCUGGCUGGGCAGGCUUUCGCCAAUACCUUCGGCACUACUCCUCCUCCUGCCUCAGUUUCUGCCUCUGCCGGUGCUCCUACUCUUGAUGCACAGCCUAUGCAGCCCGAACAGGACACAUUAACCAAGCUCGACAUCAAGCGCUGGCGAUGGGGCGAGACCUUCCAGGAGAAUGUGCCCCAACAACGUGGCACAGUCGGCGAUCGUGAUUGGGAGGCGGCAGAGGAACGGGAAGAGGCCUGGCGCAAGACCGAGGAGGCGGCGGUCGAGGCCAGGAGGAAGAGGGAGAAGGCCACUGCGGCUGCUGCGGCGGCACAAGCCGGUUGUCCGGACCCGUGGAAGCAGGUCCAGUCCGGGAAAGGGACAGGGCCCGGGGAGACGUGGCAGCCAGAGUCAUGGAAACCAACUGCUCGGCCAAAGAAUUGA